AUGGCGUCUCCCACACCUCCGGGCGACACGCCAUCGCCAGUGAACCCUGCUACGGAAGACGCGGACCAACAAGCUUCCGCUUCACCUCAAUCUUCUCCUACCAGCGCGAAGCCCAAGUUCUCCCGUCUGAGCCUCGACACCCCCGACCGAGUCUUCCCCAUCCGAUCGGUCAUUUCCGUUGAUCCAACCGUCUCGAAUCGCUCGACUUCACAGUCGCCUCCACCGCAAUCACAUAAUCCCCCACAACAUUCAAGUCGUGCUUUCUCUCCAAAAAGGGAAGACUCGCGGGAAUACUCGAUUGAUGAAACAGUGUGGAGUCAGAUACACCAGUCUCAGAAGGACGAUGAAGGGCUUGCACGGACUACAUCGGAUGUCUCUCAUCCGUUGAGGAAUGCCUCAGAGCAAGAGGUAGCUACGAAUAUAACGGAGGAAAAGGCGUCUGGGUUAACGGCAAAGCACCCAGCUCUGGAUAACAUCCCGGGGCAUCUUUCUAGCGACGGGGCCAGUUUCACAUCGAGUGCGGACGGCGGUGUUCCUGUGGCCAGUCAAGACCCCCCGCGCAGUACCACACAAGCACAAGACGAGCUCGAUCUUGUGACCUCUCGAUUUCAACACGUUGUGACCGAAGCAGGCCAUGCUAUCAUCACAGGACGAGAUGGUGCUAAUUUUCAAUAUUGUGAAGAUGAACCAAUUCAUAUUCCUGGCGCAGUACAAAGUUUUGGAGCCUUAAUUGCUCUCGAGGAGGAAUCUGAAGGGAAAUUGGUUGUUCGUGUUGCUAGUGAAAAUUCUGCGUCAUUGAUCGGUUAUACACCCAAACAGCUUUUUGCCUUGGGAAGUUUCACCGAUAUUCUGUCAGAGGAGCAAGAAGAUAAUAUUUUAGACCAUAUUGACUUUAUUCGAGAUGAAGCAUGUGAUCCACGCGUACAUGGACCGGAAGUUUUUAUAUUAUCUAUCGCCAACCCUGCUGGAGAGAUGAAGAAAUUUUGGUGUGCCAUGCAUGUCAAUGACGCCAAUAAAAACUUGAUCAUCUGUGAAUUUGAGUUCGAGGACGACCUCGUCAAUCCAUUGAACGUUUCCGGGCAAACCACUCCUGAUGCGCCGUCUGAUACUCUGGGAAUCGACCCAUCACCAGAGGAAUUAGCAGCUAGCACAAUCAACAUGAGCCGCCCUCUGCGUGUGCUGCGCAAUGCUCGUAGAGGGAAAGGCGAAGCCGCAGCGAUGAAGGUUUUUAACAUCUUGACUCAAAUUCAAGAACAGCUGUCGGCAGCUUCCACACUCGAUUUGCUCUUAAACACUGCAGCGGGACUGGUUAAGGAGUUGACUGGCUUUCAUCGGAUCAUGAUCUACCAGUUUGAUAGCAGCUGGAAUGGCAUGGUUGUUGCUGAGUUGGUGGACACGAAGGCUACCAAAGAUCUAUACAAGGGACUUCAUUUCCCUGCGUCGGAUAUCCCAAAACAAGCACGUGAGCUAUACAAAAUUAACAAGGUUAGGCUUUUAUAUGACCGAGACUUGGUUACUUCGCGGCUUGUCUGUCGGACUGUGAAAGAUCUUGAAACUCCGUUGGAUAUGACCCAUGCCUAUUUACGAGCCAUGUCUCCCAUUCAUAUUAAAUACCUAAGUCACAUGGACGUACGUGCUUCUAUGUCAACCAGCAUAGUCGCCUUCAACGAACUAUGGGGGUUGAUAACUUGUCACUCGUACGGCGCUUCUGGCAUGCGAGUAUCGUUUCCUGUGCGCAAAAUGUGUCGUUUGAUUGGCGACACGGUCUCUCGCAAUAUCGAAAGAUUAUCUUAUACUUCUCGCCUUCAGGCCCGCAAGUUAAUCAACACUAUCCCUACCGAAACAAAUCCAUCAGGAUACAUUAUUGCUUCUUCCGACGACUUGUUGAAACUCUUUGAUGCCGAUUACGGCGCACUUUCUAUCCGCGACGAGACCAAGAUACUGGGUCGUCUUACUCACUCUCAUGAAGUUUUAGCUUUGCUCGAAUAUUUGAAAGUGCGCCAGUUAAGUUCUGUCAUGGCAUCACACGACGUGAACAGGGAUUUCCCGGACCUACGGUAUCCCCCAGGAUUCAAGCAUAUUUCAGGCCUUCUUUAUGUCCCACUCUCUGCAGGCGGCAAAGAUUUUAUUGUUUUCUUCAGACGCGGUCAAUUAACCGAGAUUAAAUGGGCAGGCAACCCUUACGAGAAGAAAAUGAGGUCAGGAACUUCGGGCUAUCUCGAGCCUAGGCAAAGUUUUCAAACCUGGCGUGAAACGGUGAUGAGUCGUUCACGAGAGUGGACAGAGACCGAUGUGGAAACUGCAGCAGUUCUAUGUCUUGUGUAUGGAAAAUUCAUUGAAGUGUGGCGUCAAAAAGAGGCUGCCAUGCAGAACACUCAGCUCACGAAAUUGCUACUAGCCAACUCAGCACACGAAGUGCGAACACCAUUAAAUGCGAUAAUCAAUCAUCUUGAAAUCGCGUUAGAAGGAAGCUUGGAUUCCGAAACACGCGACAAUCUUGCCAGAUCUCAUUCGGCUUCCAAGUCAUUGAUCUAUGUCCUUAAUGAUUUACUAGAUCUGACGAACACUGAAAAGGGCCAGAAUCUCAUCAAAGAUGAGAUUUUUGACCUGACUGCUACUUUCACGGAAGCAACAGAUAUGUUUGAUUGCGAGGCAAAGCGCAAGAAUAUUACUUACAAUGUUAAGGUAUAUCCUGGUGUGCCCAAAUCGGUAUUCGGCGAUCAGCGCCGUAUUCGUCAAGUGAUUGUAAACCUCAUCUCUAAUGCUAUUCAACAUACCGAGUCAGGCUCUGUAUCGGUCGAAAUGUGGCGCUCCCCAGUGCAGAGCGCACAACCUAUCGACGACCAGGAAAAAACUUUCGCGGAUGUUGAAGUAACUGUCCACGACACUGGAUCCGGCAUGUCCCAGGCUACCAUUGACAAUCUAUUUCGAAAUUUCGAGCAGGUGUCAUCCGAAGACGAGAGUUAUUAUUAUGAGAAAGACAGCGCUGAAGAUUCACCCGAAGGUGGUGAGAAACGUGUUUUGGGUCUUGGAUUGGCAUUGGUUGCUAGAAUCAUACGCAAUAUGCACGGGCAAUUGAGCGUAAAAUCUGAGGAGGGCGCAGGCAGUCGAUUUAAAAUGAUGCUGAAGUUCCCUGUGCCUUCGGAUGAACACACACAGGACCGUAUAGAACAGGAGGACUCUGGCCUACCAUCUACACCACCGGUGACGAAGGGUGAGGUUCUAUUAGUCGAUAGCAACGUACGACCAAAGGCCAACACGCGAAGAUACAGCGCUGAAAGUAACCGAAGCGGCGGCAGCAUGGGCAGCUCGCGAAGUGGUCGAAGCGAGGCCGAUCGCCUCAUCAGUGCCAUUCAGGAGCCCGCGUUGGUUAGCAAACCCGAAUCAUCUGAGCCUCGCAGGAGUAAACACAGCAGCCCCGAAAGCAGCUUCAGUAAAUCUCGCAGUUUUGACAUGUCUACAUUAGCAAUCGCUAGUCCUGAAAGCCGCAAAAAUUCUGGCCCAAUCAGUCUUCCCAGCCCAGAUUUGCGUCAUAGGAUUUCCCUUGGUUCUCCUCCUAUACCAGGACAAGAGCCAGUCACCGAUUCAGGGGUUCCGAUAAGUGCAUUGCGAGUUGAUGAAACGCAAGUCGAGAGACCUGCGUCCCCUAAACGGAUUGCUACUCGAGACAGAGCCGAGUCUAAUGCAGUCCUAUCAGAGGGCUCUAUUACUGAGCUCACAUCCCCGGUUGGAACUGGAUCGGAUAUGUUUCAAUUCGUGAAGUUGCAUGUGCUUAUUGCUGAAGAUGAUCCGGUGAAUAGUAAGAUUAUACAGAAGCGAUUCCAGCGAUUGGGGCAUUCGGUAUACUUGACUGUCAAUGGAGAAGAGUGUGUUACUGCUUACAAGGCGAACCCGAAGCAGUACGAUGUGGUACUGAUGGACAUUCAGAUGCCUAUUGUGGAUGGGAUGGGUGCAACCAAGAUGAUCCGAGAAUUCGAACAAAAGUCUUCCGAAAGCACCAUGUCCGAGAAGGCGAAGCCAUUUGGUCGAGUUCCCAUAUUUGCAGUUUCGGCGUCUCUCGUUGAGAGAGACGCUCAGAAGUACAUUGAUACUGGGUUUGAUGGAUACAUCAUGAAACCGAUUGACUUCAAACGUGUUAAUUCUCUUCUGUGCGGUCUUCAAGGAGAACAACAAGAACGAGAUGCCCUGACCUAUGUCCCGGGCAAUUGGGAGCACGGUGGCUGGUUUAACCAAUAG